AUUCAAAGCUUUCCAACAGCGAGUAAUUGAAUUCAUUGUUGGAAAGCUUUGAACAAGGAAAACAAUAGCUGUCAAAUAAAUCUUGAAAAUUUGGCGGGCUGUGUAAUUCAUGUUUUCUCUAUUUUUGUAUACAUUAAUUUUAUUAAAUAAUUUAUUAUAUAUCCAUUUACUGUUGAUUAUUAUUUUAUUUAUCGAAAAUGGAUCCACAAAAACUGUUGAAGAAAAAACGAAAAGCUAUUGAAGAGAAAAAUGAAAUUGCGCUUUGCUCUGCGUGUACCGAUUUAGCUAAUUUUUACAUGAAUGAAGAAAACUUUCACAAAGCCAUAAACGAAUUCGAAAUUCUUGGUAAAAUUUACAAAAAACAGAAGAAAAUGCUGGACUUUGCUACAGUAAAUCGAGGAAUAGGGGAGGCUUAUAUGCUUUUGACAAAUUAUGAGAAAGCAAUAGAAUAUCAAAAGAUCUAUCUGGGACUAUCUAAACAACAGGAGAAUAAAUUAGAAGAGCAGAGAGCAUUAGCUACACUUGGCCAUACUUAUUUAACAAAGUAUAUUGCUGACAAGCAGAAUAAAAAUGAUUUAAUUGUUGCUCACAAAUAUACCGUGAGAAGCUUAGAAGUUUGUGAAAGCCUUACAGAUAUAAAAAAAUUUGACAUGGUGGAUAUGACUGCAAGGCUAUAUAAUAAUCUAGGGGUAAUCCAUGAGUAUCAGGGUAAUCAUGAGAAGAGCAAGGAGCUAUUCAAUAAAGCUAUCGUUUUGUGUAAGGCGAAUGAUGUCUAUGAAUCACUGCAUCAAGCUUACAAUUCUUUGGCUACCCUUUUAGAAAGAAGAGGAGAAUAUAACAGUGCUAUCCAGAAUUUUAAUGUGGCAAUUGAAACAGCAAAAAAACUGAAAGAUAAAGUUUCUGCCUUACAUGAUUGCUUAGUAUCAAAAGCUACAAUAUUAUUAAAAUUGGGCGACUUACAGGCAGCAAAAAAAAGUUUACAUAAAGCUUACAAAUUGAAAUUGCCAACUAAAACAAGAGAAGAAGUAGGGAAAAAAUUGAAAACUGUUGUGAGAUUAUAUAGAAAAGAGAAAGAGAUGAUUUCUAAAUCAUAUUCGGGAAUUGAAUUACAAAAAUUCUAUGAAAAAAUGGGAGAUGGCUUUAGCGCAUUGAAUUGUUUCGAUAAGGCUUUGGAGUAUUAUCAUAAAAUGCUAGAAAUUGCAGAAAGUACAAAGACAAAUUUGUCUUUGUGCUACUAUAGUAUUGCUGCAACAUAUAGAGAUGAUGAGCAAUAUGAUAAAGCUGUUGAAUUUUUUGAGAAAGAAUAUGUUUUGUGUGAUUUCAAGAAAGGUUUGGAUACCUUAUGUGAGAUAGCAGAUACUAAAGAGAGUGGUGGUAGGCCUUCAUCCGACAUCAUUGAAGUAUAUGAAAGAGCCAUACAAAAGUGUAAGGCAGCUAACAACCAGAGAGAAGAAGGCAGGAUGCUUGGUAGAUUAGUAAACUAUUUAGAAAGAUCAGGAGAGUCAGAAAAGCUUCACGAAUAUAAAAGACGAUUUGAUGAGAGCGAGUUUGAAUCUUCAGAUUCAGAAGGGCCCACACAAGAAUCCGAGGAGAAUAGCGAGGAAGAUAUUUCAUUGGAUAAUUUAACAGAUGAAUCUGAGGGCAGUGAAUCGGAGAGUCCGAGCAGAAAAAGAAGACCUAAAACAUUUCAAGUCAGGAGAAAUUUGAGAGGGGAGACUCAGCUCCAUACAGCUUGUAUAUCGGGGAAGACUAAUGUUGUACGACAUCUUUUGGAUCAAGGGCAUCCUGUCAACAUCAGGGACAACGGAGGUUGGCUUCCCCUUCAUGAUGCCUGCAUUUCUGGCCAUUAUGAUGUUGUGGAACUAUUGCUAGAUAAAGGUGCUUCGGUGAACGAUCGAGGCGGAACACAUUGCAACGGAACAACUCCUCUGCAUGAUGCUGCAGUCAAUGGUCACUUGGAAAUAAUGGAACUUUUGCUUGAUCGCGGUGCAUCAGCCUUGGCAAAAACCGAUGAGGGCGAAACACCUUACCACUACCUCAAAAAAGCCUCUAUAGAGCUUCAGUUCGACGAAGAGCAGAAAAAAAUAUUUGAGAGGCUGUUGGAGAGGAUGAGCGUUAUUCUAGAUAAAGCUGGCCAAAGCAAAGAGAUUAAUACAAGUAUAAAAAAUAAGGCUUUUGUGAACGGACAGAGAGAUCAACUCGAACUAAGUGCUAGAAGGAGGAGCGCACCAGAAUUUGUUGGAGACACAGAGGUCCCUCAAAAAAGAAGGUCAUCAAAUUCUAGAAAAUCAAUUGAUAACACCAGCAGCGAUGAUGAUAUCGAUAAAAUAACACUUUCAAGAAGAUCUGCACCGAAAACUCAGGCCACAAAUGAGUACAAAAGAGUGAUGGAUAACUUGAGAAAUAAGUCCUGCGAUUCUGCCUUCACUAACGCAGAAAGUACAUCUUCCAAACGAACUGCGUAUGUUAUGGACGAAGAUAAUGUAGGCGAUGAUUGGCUUGAAGAUGACAUGAAGGAUGUGAGGACAAGCAAAAAACGAAAGAUGGGUUUUGCCGAGGGAUUAAUCAACUCUUCCAAAACAAGAAACAGCCAGCCUUUGAAAAGAUUUAAUUCUUUCGAAACUGUCAGUUCGAAAAGUAGUAAAUCAUCACAUAAAAGCUUGACUAAGUCUCCAGGUAAAAGUAAGAAUCUCAGCUCAAAUGAAAAUGAUACAGGAGAUGUGGGUGUAGAAGAAGCCGAUAAUCUCAAUGCAAUGGAACAACUAGUUUUCGAUCCUGUUUAUAUUGACGAUGAUUCCGACUGCGAUUUCGUCGAACCACAAAAUUCUAGAAGGAAACAACAGAGCUCUUUACUGGAUGCUGGUUUUGCCAGGAGUAUGGUAUCAUCCGAUAAGUUUAAGAGGAGUGGUUCCUUUUCUCAGAAAAGAAGCCUUCAGCCUAAAAUCACACAUUUUGGAAGUACAACCCCUACAAAAGUGACACAAGGCUCCCACAGAUUAUCGUCAUCUCCGAGAAAAUGGAGUCAAACAUCACCUAACAAAUCAUCGUUGAUCGAUGAAGAUCCCAUGCUGGCUAUGGAUGUGAACAUCGAGGGUAGGCCUUUUAGGGUCACAACAAGGAUGUCGAUGAAGGAGCAGUUAACUGUUAAAUGGUUGGCAUUGGAAGCCGCUAGGAGAUACGCAAAAAAAGAAUAUGUAGAACCAGUGUUGGAAUUAACGACACAAAGUGGGGCGGAGCUAGUUGAUGAUGAUACCAUAGGAACUUUAUUCAUUACGGACUGUCAAGUGGUGGAAGUGAAUGCUAAGGUGUUGAAAUGGAACCUACCACCUAUUCAAGAAAGGUAUAAGGAGGCAUGUUCUGAUAUGAGCACAAAACCACUGGAUUCAGUUUGUCUAAAUUUGGAAGCACUAACGAUAUCUCUAGACAUAAGCAAUAUAGGAUUACAUCCAGCAUCCAUGGCCCCUUUAUGCAAAUCACUUCUCAGGGAAAACAGAUUGUUGGAAUUAGAUCUAUCUAACAACUUCCUUACUUUGGAUUGCGUCAAACUGCUAGUUACCAGUUUAUUGACGUUAGAGAACCUUACCAAGUUGAAUUUGAGUUGCACCAAUUUGCAUGCCGAAGAAAUCAGAUACCUCUCUAACAUGUUUUCGAAUUCUCCUGUAGAUAUUCUAACGAAGAUGUAUCAUCUGAACUUGAGCGAAAAUUUUAUCGGUGAUGAGAGUUUGCAAGAUGUAGCUUCGAUAACCAGGCAUUUGAAACUUAAAGAACUCGAUUUGGCACUUUUGAACUUUACAGAGGAUGUUUUCAAGAAGUCCUAUAACAGGAAUACCAUCUUCGAUCUUAGUAAUUUGGAAUAUUGCAAUUUGAGUGGCAACAAUUUGGGAAAUACAGCUUUGUUGGAAAUAUUGUCGUUUAUUGAUGGUAAUCGAUUGAGUCACUUGGAUGUAUCUGAUAAUAAAACGUCAGAGGGUUUUUUAACUUCGCUUAUUGAUUGCUUGAACAAAAGAGCGGCUAGGUUCAGUUUUGACUAUUUGAACCUUGCAAGAUGUUCUGUUGCAGAUACAGAGAUUUUCAGCUUAUUAAGGUAUUGUGAUAGUUUGAAGACCCUAAAUAUAUCGUACACUAAUGUGACCUCCUUAACCCUUAGAAGAAUUUUGGAGAGUAAUUUUGUAAAAAAUAUAAUUAUUUUGGAAUGUGAGAAUAUCGAUAAAUACUUGGAAGAUAUUGAUGAUCUCUGGAAUCUCGGUGAUUAUCUAUAUGGGCAGAGAACUCUCAAGAUAACAUGUGAUAAGGAUAAAUUCCACAUUUUCAUAAAGCUGUGGAAUGCAAAAUACUGUGAUAAAGUUACUAUCGAUGCAAUGGGUAACUUAUUGAUUUUGAAAUGAUUAUUUGUUAUACAAAGGAACUUUUAUUUUUUAUAUAAAAUAUGUACAAAUUAUGUUACAUUUAAUCGAAAAAGAAAUUGUAAAUAAAUGUAAAUAUUGUUUUAAGUCGUUUCUUUAAUAUCAAUUGUGAAAUGCUACCCCUAAAAGUUGAGCACAUCAAGAUAAAUUGUGCUUAACAACAAGAUUAUGAAAUGUAUUUUAUUGCUUUUUGGGGAAGUGUAACAUCCAAGAAUAAUUGUUAAGAUACAUGGGGAUGGAUCAAUAAAUGUUGGUCUUUAUUUUUAAAAAUUUCAAAUUUCCAUAGAAUGAAAAAAAAUAACUAUAAAUUAGUAUUCAGGAUAAAAAUAAAUUAAUGAAAUGAAUGAUCUUUGUUUCAAAAUAGCUUAAUUCAAAGAGAGCUCUUGAUUAGAUAUACAAGGUGUUAAUAAAAAACUGCAAUGUUGAGGGAUGAAUUUUUGUCGAAAAAUAUAACGUC